CGUGAAGGCGGGGCUUGAGCGGUCAGCUGCAGCACGCACAGAAUGAGCUAGAAGCGAGCCGAUGAUGGUGGACAUCUGAAGAGGAGACCCGGAGAAGCUGCAUCUGUGGAGAUCCUGAGGCUGUUUAACACACGGAGGACACACCGACGACUGGGGAUGUGGUGUGUGUGGCUGCUGCUCUUCUCUCUGUCUGUGGAGACUCUGAGUUCGUCCUCCUGUCAGACCUGCAGGAAACUGAGCCACAGCUUCAUCAAGGGUUUGGAGCGAACAGCCAAUAAGAACUUCGGCGGUGGGAACACGGCUUGGGAAGAGGAGAAACUGGCCAAAUACGCACGCAGUGAAACGCGUCUGCUAGAGAUCGUGGAGGCAGCGUGUGAUAAAUCUGACUUUGAGUGCAACAGACUGCUGGAGCAGAUCGAGGAUCAGGUGGAGACGUGGUGGUUUCACAGACAGCAGGAGGCGCCAGACCUGUUUGAAUGGCUCUGCAUUGAGGAGCUCAGACUGUGCUGCCCGGCGGGACACUACGGACCUCAGUGUGCAGAGUGUCCGUCGGGACCCGCAGGUGUGUGUGGAGGUCUGGGUCGCUGUGAAGGUGAAGGCACGCGUCUGGGCGACGGAGACUGUGUGUGUGACCCGGGAUAUGCUGGAGUUCUGUGUCAGGAGUGUGCAGACGGAUACUACAGAGAGAAGAGCUCCAAUCACACACAACCACCCUGCUCAGCGUGUCAUCACUCCUGUAAGGUGUGCAGUGGUCCGCUGGAGAAGCAGUGUCAGCUCUGUAAAUCCGGCUGGAUCCUCCACAGCAGCAGGUGUAUCGAUGUGGACGAGUGUGGCACAGAAUUGGCUCGCUGUCCGUCAAACACAUACUGCUUCAACACAGACGGCUCUUACGAAUGCAGAGGCUGUGAUCAGGCGUGUGUGGGCUGUAUGGGCAGUGGUCCGGCUCGCUGCAAGAAAUGUGCCCGAGGCUUUAGGCUCACUGGGGCCAAGUGUUUAGACAUUGACGAGUGUUUGGAGCGCACCAUUGCGUGUCCGGGCCUGAAUGAAGCAUGUGUGAACGAGGAGGGCUCGUACCGUUGUGAGUGUGCGGACGGCUUCAUCAGGCGGGACAGCAUCUGUGUGGAGAAUCUCACACCUGCGGGGCCAGAGAAGGGCUUGUUUGACGACAUGACGGAUGACGAGGUGUUGGUUCUCCAGCAGAUGUUCUUCGGCGUGGUGAUCUGCGCUCUGGCUACGCUCGCUGCUAAAGGAGACAUGGUGUUCACCGCCAUCUUCAUCGGGGGCGUCGCCGCCAUGGCCGGAUACUGGCUGUCGGAGAAGGGGGACCGCGUGCUGGACGGCUUCCUCAAGGGCAGGUAGAGGAGGAGACACUGACCUCACUCACUCACUGACUGAUGGAGAUCACACUGACGGAGACAACAGGAGAAGAGGAGGAGGAAGAAUAAAGAAGAUGAUGAUGAGGAACAAUGAGGAUGAUGAAGAAUAAUUAUGAAGAUGAUGAAGAUGACGAUGGAUUGGUUUCUAACACUGUGUUCAACAGUUGAGCUGCUGCGUGUGUCUUUUGAGACUCAGCUUGUGGAUGUGUGUGUGUGUAUUUCUGAAGAUCAGAGAAGAUGCUGAGAACUUUUCCUGAUGCAGGAUACAGCGCUGACACUGAUCACGAGCGUGUGUGUGUGUGUGAAAGUAAUGUAUGUUAAUAGAUCAUGUUGAUUUUAAUGGGGUUUCCACAUUCAUUAAUUCAUGAUUUGAAGACUUUAUAGUGACUCUGUUAUUGUUAUUUUGUAAUCAUGAUUCCCCUUCAGGGUGUGUGUGUGUGUGUGUUGCUUCAACAGAUUCUCUGAGGAACACUGAUGUCUGUGGUCUGCUGCUGUUCUUCUGCUCUUCUCAAGUGCAAUAUGAAGUGCUCCUGAUCUCUGACUGCGCUCUAGAAUGUCUGUGUAUUCAGAUUUCCUGUGAUCACUCUUUCAGCUCAUUUCCUCUGGCAGUGGGAGUCCUGUUUUAAAUAUGCAAAUGUGACAGCUGUGAUAGGUGGGUUCCUCCGCUGUGAUUGGCUGUAGAUUGCAGACGUCUGCAUGCUUCAGUUUAGUUUAUUUUAGUUGUGUGUGAAUGUGACGACUGAGCUCUGUUCUGCCAGCCUUAAAGUCAAACCUGUUUCCUUCAUCACCUGCUGUUAGGAUGCUCAACUUUAUAAUUACAUUAAAACUAUUUCAUUCAGCUGCUUCACUCAUCUUUUUGUGACAAAUUUCCAGCAGACAGACAGUAAAAUGAGUAUAACCAUAGUUUGCUAUUACGGCCAGCGCUGGUCAGUAACAUUACUGCAGGUUUGUGCGGGGACUGCUGGAGUUUAAUAUUAUUAUGGUCUGGAAAUUAUUGUCAUGUUUUGUAUUUAUUCUUUAAUCUGUGCCCUUUAAAAUGCUAAAUUUGCAUUUACGAGAAUAAAUCACAGCAGUUGAGUGUUUGUUUAUAUGUAUUGUGUACAGUGUACUAUAACAAACACAAUCUGAUAUAAUGUGACGUGUGGAAAUAUGUUUUUUAACCACAGCUUUAUAUUGCUGGAGCUCAGAAUAUGCUGUUUCAGAGCUGUUAUGCUUCACGAUGAUGAACAUUAGCUUGUAUGUGUAUAUUGGCAUUUUAUUUUCACAGAUUAUUCAAAUGCUGGACUGUUUUUUUAUACCUAAAUCACAUUGGAUUCUGUCCAUAAAUCAUAUUUGUGAAGUGAUUCUCAUCAUGCUCAGCGUCCGCAUGAACAACACGAGAAGAGGAAGAGUGCGUUUGUUUUCUUCAUCUCUCAUAAUAUGCCUCAGCACAGUCGUGUUUUCAGUGGUCUGUCCGCUCCUCGUGGAUGAAAAUGUCCAGUUUUCCCUCGUCUUGUACCUCUCAGAAAUACUAUACAGACGUGAAUUCUGCUGUCAUAUCUCACAGACAGGCCCACGACAUGUAGAAAAGAUAAAAAAUCUCAUUUAUUUAAAUCUUCAACAUGAACAUUAUCUGCAAAUCCUGAACAAACAUGAUGAACAUGAAACAAACAAGCCAAGAAACAGCUGCAGGAUCUGUGAUCGACCUGUGGCGCUGCGGACAUUAUAGUUUAUUAAAAGAGAUGAAAUCAGA